AUGAUGAUGCAAUCCGUCAUAUCGUUUCUCUUCCCUCCCAAACCAGGAGAGUCCAAGGAUCUUCCUAUUGAAAUCACCGCCUUGCCUGGUCUGAUUACCUUUCUAGAUGUCGCCUUGUUUCGCGCCAACGAAGGCCAACUGACCGCUACAACUUGCAGCAGUCAUGCCUUGUUGGCGUGUUGGUUGGACAUUAAACAUCAGUCUCAAUUAUUGCUGCAAGUACUGCAACAGGAAAAGAAGGAUCCCAAUGCCAAGUUAGAAUGCGAAUCAUUUUGUCGUCAGUGUCUCGAGACGGCCAUGGACGCCAUAGAACGCUUGAGUACAGACCGACUGGCACAGGCCGCCAAUUUGAGCGAUCCUUUUGAAAGCAUUUCCGAGACGGCAGGAGGACAUUAUCAUCACAAUCAUCAUAACUUUCUCAGUGGGAUUGGAAUUCAAGGAGUAUCCUCCGGAAUAUUGGAGUCCAAGGAGGACAUUGGACGGCGGCUCCCCUCUCAAAAACGAAUCGAUUGUUGGGAAUCCCCACGAUUGCAUUGUCCCGAUUAUGUGUGGGCGGAAGACUCAUAUCAAGCCUGUCAACGAUGGUUGCGCAAUUUGUACAAACAUCCGUUUUAUUUGAAAGAUAGAGAUGCCUUGAAUCCACUCGCUACACCCAAUCUGCAGAACCAGGGAACUCCCAACUCGAACAACAAAAACAGCAACGAACAACCCUUGCACCCACCCAGUGAACGGCAGGCAUCCAUUUUGAUUCAACUCAUCCAGGACGACCUGCCAUUGCGUCUGCUACAAUUUCGCCAGGCUAUGAACGCCGAAGAAGUGGUCACCAAGCGUCUUCAUUUGGUAAAGUGCGAGUAUCGGGGGCCCUUUCGGCACUUUUUGGAGGCUCACCUUUCUUUAUUAGAAGCUCCAUCGAUGGACGUGGUGGAUUACUUUUUGGAUGGGGACGACAUAUCCUACGACUCGGAAGUACAAGAAGGGCAAUUGCAGGACUUGCUGGAGACGCCCGAGUUGGUGGAAAUGCUGACUCUGGAACGGGAUUGCGAGCAAUUCGAAUUGGAUUUGGGAAAGGCUCUCUUUCCAUUUUCCGAGCUGGCACGAACCUUGGAUCACAAAAAGGCAAGAAUCAAAGCUGUACCAGGAGUCGUUGAAGAAGAUGAAGUGGCCGAGUUGCAAGAAACCGUCCGGAGGCUCAAGUGUAUACUCUGUCGCAAAAGUGGACCCGAGACAUCUACUGGAAUUCGACCAAUCUUGGUGGACUUGCAAUCGGUGCGUCGCGAUGACGAAGCGCUCAAGUCCUUUGAUGACAGCAGGAGUAUCAAAGAGAAUGUUGCAGACUUUUUGUCACAGUUGGAAUGCCUGUCCACCUUACUCAAGACUCGAAAUGCUUUUCGAACCAGAAGAGGGAACCACGUUAUUGAAUUCUCGGCUUCUGUAGUCAACGGUUGUACCGAGGAGUUUGAUCCCGAGCUUGUGGAGUGUCAGCUACUGGAUUGGUUCGACAUGGUUGAAAGACAACAGGAGUUGGGUCAGGAGCAACAGCAUAUUGUCAGCAAUAUUCGAGAAGUUGAGACAAAGAUUGGCCUUGCCGAUGCUAGUGACGAAUCACUCGAUGCGGCCAAGGACAACCUUGAAUACAUGGUGGACGAUCGACAACAACGACUGGAGAUAUUACAAGACUUGGUGGAAGAUCUUUGCUUACGGGAAAUGAAUCUACACAUACUGAUUAAUGAUCCAGAUCCAGAGGAAACUCUCAUCCUGAAGGAGACUUCGGCUCUGGGCUUUUUGGGAGUCCCACUGCAAUUGGCUGGUGAAGCACUUCCUGUCGGAUAG